ACCAUAAACUAUACGCUACCCACAAAGCUCAGAGAACCCGAAUGAGCAGUUGUACAAAAUGGCGGCCCUGUCGUCGGUUGUCGUCUCCUUGCUAGUGUUGUGCGUGUGCGUGAAGGCGGCAGCGCCGACAAGUAGAUGGAUCGAAUACAUUCCGGGUAACAUCACCCUGAUACUAGGUGCACCACACGGGGGUACUGAACAACCGACCUCCAUCCCGGUCCGAGAUGCCGGCUGCUACAUCAACGGCAAGUGCGUAUACCGACACGACUGCGGCACGAAGGACUUCAGCAAGUGUAAGGUGACAACGGUUCAGGACAGCUACACGCUGGAGACAACCAAGGCCGUCGCCGACGCGAUGGCCCGUAAGUACGGCGUGCGGCCGCACGUCGUUCUCAAUCUUCUGCAUCGUAACCGCCUCGAUGCGAACCGAGGGAAACCGGACGCUGCGUUCGGCGAUACGGAGGCCGAAGCCGCGUGGAAUCAGUGGUUUGAUUACAUAGAGUCCAGUAAGGGGGACGGGAUAGCUCUGUUCAUAGACCUGCAUGGAGUAUCCUCACAUCCGGAGAAGUGGGUGGAGAUCGGGUAUCUCAUCAAAGGAGCGCAGCUCGACUCCGGAGACUACACAUACAACGACUCGUCGAUACGCCACCUGGCGAGCCGCGUGGGCAUUGACUUCCGUGAGCUGCUGCAUGGCAGGGCAAGCCUAGGCUACCGCUUCGAUAGGCUCGGAUACAACGUGGUGCCAUCUCCCACGCACCCCGGCCCGGACGGUGGGAAAUAUUAUUCCGGGGGAGAUAACACUAGAGCUCACGGCUCUAAAUAUGGCGGCAUCGUAGACGCGAUACAGAUCGAAAUGCCGAAGCAUCUACGCGACGAGGCGAUCUGUGUCACGUUCUGCCCCGAUCUCGCUGAUAUAAUAUAUGAUUUCUGGGCCAGGUAUUACAGGCAACGAUAAAAAAAAUACCAGAUAAGGGCGAAAGCUAAUUAGCGAGGGUUAGGGCUAGUAUCAAUUAAUCUGAACUUUUAAUUAAUCAAAUAAUGUCUGAUCAUAGAGCGUUAGAUGAAUGAAGUGUUAUGGCCAUAUAUCCCACACAAAGUGCGUGGUAUAAUCUAGAAAUUUAUGAAGUGAUAUCAUCUUAUAUACAGGUUGUGCUAAUAUAAAUACCGCUUGUGCACUUAUACUACGUACGGUACAGGAGGACCUAUAUGGUGGUGCGAUGACUUGGUGAAGAUGGAAACAUACGCUACAGUAAACAUUUAUGUAAAAUAAACACUGCAUAAAAAUAACGACUUA